AUGGCGCAAAAUGAGAACGAUAGAGAGGAUGAUGCACUACUUUGCCAAUCAUUGGAUGAUCUUCCGAGAGAGAUGUUAUUUUGUAUAAUGAGUUAUUGUGAUCCGAGAUCGUUGGUAAAUGUUAUUUGUUGUAGUAAGAAUUUGAGAACAAUUACCAUGCAGAUUUUAUUGAUGGGAUUUAGAUAUGAUGAAAUUAUUAUUGAGGGAACUCCUGGCGCUAAUUGGUAUUCUAGUAAUUCAGAAGAUAGAAAGGAAAUUUAUCCUGCAAAUUUAUUGGGCAAUUAUAUUGAUUCCUUGAUGACGGAACAAGAAGUUGAAAUGGAUAGAAUUAAUUUAAUUAAUUUUACAACUCUUGGUUCUAAGGAGUUUGUAAAGCUAUCAAAAUUCAUUUCAAAAUUCAACAUCCCAGAGCUGAUAGUUUCUCCUAAACAUUAUAAUUGGGUUAAAAACGAAAUUAAUUCAUCUCUCAAGUCAAUAUCUAGAUUAUCAUUUGGUAAAGAAUUGGAUGUUGGGGAUGGUAAUUAUUUCCAAACGCUCAUUCAGAAACCAUUAAUUGUUUGUAAUGGACUAUGUGCAAAGAAUGCUAUGGAUGUUAAAAAUAUUAUUGGCAAUACCCAGCUCUGUAGCGGAUUGAAGGUAUUGACGUUGUGUGUCUAUACCUCAGUGUUGGGAUAUUCAUUUAAAGAAAUAUUGAAAAACUGCCCAUCACUUCGAGAAUUUAACUUGUUCAUCAAUGGAUUUUCCAACGAAAAUUAUCGUUCCUAUUCAACUAUGAGAGAAGACGACUUUGAAAUCACUGAUGAGUUAAUGGAAAUAAUAUGCAACAGUAAUUUGGAAAUUCUUCGAUUUGAUACAUCAUUUAAUUUUGAUAAUUUCAGGGUUAUCAAUCAAUUAACAGAAAACAAGACAAGACCUGUAUUCCCUAAAUUGAAAAUAUAUUCUAACCAUCUCAUGAGUCCAGAUAUGAAUUUAGUUUUUUUGCCGAAUCAUCCUCUUCAAACUGUUUCAAUGAAUAUGACCACUGCCCUUAACAAAAUUGAUGUACCUAAAUGUCAAAGUUUCUUCAACUGUUCGCAAGAUAUUACUAAUUUACCAAUUGUUGAUACAUCCAAAUAUACAAUCUCAAGAUCACAGAUCAAUCUAAAUGGGUUUUAUGAAAAUUUGGCAGCUUGUACCUCUUUGAAAGAUUUGCAUUUGUUUAAUGUUGAAACUAACAACAUGAGAUAUGAUUUUAAAAAUAUUCACACGUCAAUAGAACAGUUGGAUAUCAAAAAAUCCAGAAUAUCAGUCUAUUUACUUAAUCAUAUAAUUGAUAAUUCUCCUAAUCUAAAGAUCCUUACGAUGGAUAAUGUUAAGGUGAGAGGAACACUAGACGAUUCAAUGUUAGAAUUUGAGAAUCAGGAGAUAGACUCACAACUACGAUAUAUUCAUAUCAGUACUUGUAGCGAAAGGUAUCCAAUAGUAUUUUCAAACAUUCUUAAGAAAAAUUUACCUUAUUUACAUUCUGUAAUUUUAGAAAAUACUUACUCAAUUGGUCAGAAUAGUCUUCUCUCACUUUUUAGUAAGGCUUCAUCACUUUCAGUGUUUAAAGUCACAGGAGCAGAAUUCACUGAUGAUAUUAUUGUAAAGUUUUUCAACUCUUUCAGUCCUGUUUCUUUAGAAUAUGGUAUUGAUUUUUCUUUCAAUGGAAAGAAUAUUACUAGCUCAUUCCUGUUACAACAACCAUACUUGAGCAAAAUAACCACUUUAUCACUACCAGAUUGCACAAUACCUAACGAUGAUUUUAUCAAAUUACUGGACUUACUUAACCCACAACUGUUAAAAAAGAUUCAAGUUAACUUGGGAAAUAGUGGUCCAACAAUUGAGACGUUUAAAAAAGUGCAAUAUUUCAAAAACUUGGAAAUGAUUUAUCUUUCAGGAAAACCUGAGAAACCAAUAGAACAUUUUGAAAAUUUUGUAUUGAAACAGUUUGUAGAAUCCAUGCCUAGUAUGAUACUAUUGUUUUUGGAUAGUGGAGAAUUCAUCAAGGAAGAAAUUGAACUUGCAAAACUAAACAUUAGAUCACAAGGAAAAUCAGCUCCAAAACUCAUUCUCCCUCAUUCAAAGAAAGACAUUGUUUACAAAAUUGAAAACCCUAACAUUGGCUAUGAAACGAAUUCCAAAAGUUAUUGUUUCUUACAAUAA